AUGGCGAGCCUAGAUGGCAUCCUGAUCGGAAUUUUAUCGUCCUUCGGCUCCGCCAUCCUAAUAGCCCUGAUUUUCCUAGUCGUAUACUUCUUCAGAUACACGACUUCCGGUCGCAUCUUUCUUGGCCGGAUCGGUCGGCCUGGCGAAUAUGACGAUGAGCAAGCAUUUGCUAGGGAGGAGGCGGAGGCCUUGGAGGUGAUGGAUGACAUGCAAAGGAUAGAGUACCUAAGAGCAAAAGCGUUUAUCCAAGCGAAUCCGCCCGAGUCGCUUCAAACAGACAUUUCUUUAUCACAAUACCUAGCCAUACAAGAAAAGGGAGUUUCAGCGUGGGAAUUCGAGCCGGAGCUGGAAAUCGCCAACUGUUUCGUUGAAGCGAGAACCGAGAUUGAGUUCUUUGAUUCUGAAUGCACAGUCAUGAGCAAUCUACCCGUACCAAAGCAGAACGAAGUCUACUACUGGGAAGCCAAGAUCUACGAUAAACCCGAAACCACAUUGCUUAGCAUCGGCAUGAGCACGAAACCUUACCCUCUAUUCCGACUUCCAGGCUUCCAUAAAUAUUCCAUCGCCUAUACUUCCAUCGGUGCUCGACGGUACAACCAACCCUUCAACGCAACUGCUUACGGGCCUCAAUAUGUUCAAGGCGACGUUAUCGGAGUUGGCUAUCGUCCAAGGACAGGGACCAUUUUCUUUACCCGUAACGGCAAGCGAUUAGACGACGUAGCUCAUGGCCUGAAGUCUCAAAACUUCUUCCCAUCUGUUGGCGCGAACGGACCGUGUACCGUACACGUCAACUUUGGUCAGGCCGGCUUCGUAUUUAUCGAGGCGAACGUAAAGAAAUGGGGACUUGCUCCGAUAACCGGCAGUCUGGCACCGCCGCCACCUUAUGGAAGCGAACAGGGAAGCAUCCUACUCGAGACCGGACGCAGGAAAGACGAGCAGCCCGGAUCGCCAUCGAGGGGCUAUGGUUAUACACAGUCGGUUCAGCGGUACACUAACAGUGGCCCAGGUUUAAACCCAGGACACGGGCGGACAAGGAGUGGCAACUUCAGAGUACUUCCGCCUACGAGUCCAGGACCACAAAGAAGUCCUACUGAUAUUUCCCUCGCGCAGCUGGUUCCUUCGGACGAGGCAGGCGAAGCCAGCAACGCUAUCAAUGCUGGCGGAGACCAAGUUGUCGACGUCGUUGGAUUGGGUCUACAUGAAGCAUCACACCCACCGCCCGAGUAUACUAGUCCGGAACACUCGGAUGAGGAUAGCUCGGGCUCCGAUAGCGAUCACGUUCCAUUGAUCAGAUCAGGUCGCAGCCGCGGGGCAUCCGCAGCCACCAUAAGACCGAGUAACCCCCCGAUACCUAGCUAUAGUGACGCCGUCCGACAAGGUGCUGGUAGGGACAGGAGCCGCAGCGACAGCGCCAUGCCUAGACGGGAUGGCAUGUAA